AUGUCGGUCACUUUUGCUGCACUGUACUCUGCGCCAGUGCCGCGAAGCGCUGGGCUACUAGAGAGUGGAACAUGGCCUGAUGGAGAAAGUGUAAAGAGUGUCAAGGUUGGUCUAUCGGAUGUUGAGGUCGUGGUUCUAUGUACAACCCGGAUUCCUCCUCGAGCCCAACAUCAAAGCGAACAGAAGCAGAAGCAGAAGCAGAAGCAAUAG